GGCGUCAUUAAGGGGCGGGUUCAAACUGAGGCAGCAGCUCCGUGGGGAUUUGAACCGCUCUACAGGAAGUGACGUAGAGACGGAAGUACUGGCGUCCUUUCGCUGCGUUUGGCUUGAGGAGCGCUGACCUUUUUGGAGGACGCCGCCGCUGGGCGGAACUGCUUGCCGAGAUGGGCAUCCAUUUUGGGAACUUGGAACGGAUGAGACAUGUCAUCACCUACAGCUUGUCUCCAUUCGAACAAAGGGCUUUCCCCAACUACUUCUCAAAGGGGAUUCUUAAUGUUUGGAGGCGGUUUAGCUCCCAAGUCUUGCGUGUGGCGCCGCCAUUUGUCAUCGCCUAUGUUGUUUAUUCCUGGGGAACCCAAGAAUUUGAGCGUCUGAAAAGAAAGAACCCCGCCGAUUAUGAAAAUGACGAAUAAUCUGAUGCAAACAAAGAAAGUGCUUGCCAGCAUUUACUCUUCUUUUCACCUCCUUGACAUGCCUCUUACAAGUAUUUAUAAUACCAUAAAGAUAGUUUAAUAAACUUUGCUCUCUUCAAACCAUGAAA